AGAUGAUGUAAAAUAGAAGUGAAAUAAUAAAUUAUGUAAUCCAUUUAGAGUAGACAAUCAUAUAGAUUAUGGUACAUCCAAAAAGAAUAAAAACCAUUCCAAAAAGAUUGACAAUAAUGAGAACAUUUGCUAAUUUGAGAGUUUUGAAAUCAUAUUCACUUAGAAUAUAUUAAGAUGGACAGUUAAUAGGAGAAUUAUUAUUACCAUUUUGUCCAUUGAUAUAAAUUUGUUGUUCAUUUGAAUCUAAAUCAGUUUUAGUUUAUGAUUCUAGGAUGAUUGGGGACAUUUUGUUGAUGUUUAUCAUUUUGUAGGUAGUUUGAAUGAACAGUAUAGUUUGAAUGAAUGAAAUUGUAAUUAUUGUAUAGAAUCAGAAAAUGGUAAUUGGAAUAUGAACUUCAUUUAGAUUAAAAUGUGUUAGAUGUAUGAAUUAAAGAAGAUAUGUUUCUGAUUAAUUAAAAAUUAGUUGGUCAUAAAAAAAUAAAGAG